GGCGGCGGCGGGGCCGGGCUGUCAAUCAGCGCGCGGCGAAGUGACAGCGGGGGGGCCCGGGCCGGCCGCGCCGCCGGGGGAUAUUUAACUUGGGCGCGGGCGGGAGCGCGGCAGUGCGCGGGGCGGCGGCGGCGGCACCGACCGGCACCGGCAGCAGCACAGCGCAGCGCAGGCAGCGACGGGCCGGGGCCGGGGCCGGGACCCACCCGCCGGCUGCAGCGGAGAGAGACCGGAGCCCCCCGAGCCGAGCCGCGCCGCGGGCAUGGGUGCCGGGCAGCGCUGAGGGCGGCGGGGCGCGCGUCCCGCACCGCUGCUUCAUGCGGCGCCCGCUGGCGGCGCGGGGCUGAGCGGGACGGCGGCGGCGGAGCGGCGCGGCCGGGGCGGGAGCCGCCGAGCUGCGCGGUGACCGCGCCAUGCGGAGCAGCCGCGCCCGCUCCUGCCCCUGCCCCCGGCCCUGCCUGCCGCGCCCCGCCGCGCCCUGAGCCGCCCGCCCGGACAUCCCCGCCCGCCCGCCCGCGCGGGCCAGCGUCUAGACCAGCCGGCGCGGGGCCGAGCCCGCUGUCACCAUGGGGAUGGCGACGAGGCCGCUGUGAAUCCCUGCGGGAGAGGAAGGCGGGAGCCCGGCCAUGCCGCGCUGCUAGGGCCCGCGCUGUCACCGCGGCCUCCGGCCCCUCCCCGCGCCGCGCUAUUUAAAGCGCCGGCCCCGGCGGACUUGCCGCUGCCUAUUUAUGCAGCGGGCCGGCGGCCGCGCGGGGCACUGAGGCGCCGGGCAGCGCCCGCCCGCCCGACGGGAGCAUGAAGCUGCCUCAGAGCCUCCUGCUCUGCUCCUGCCUGGCGCUGCUCCGGCAGGGCGGCGGCCAGCCCUACCUGCGGCUGCGGCCCUCCCCCAGCGACAAUCUGCCCGUCAAGGACAUCAUCGAGCACCCCGACCCCGACUACGACCCCAAGGAGCAGGACCUGGACGAGCGGACUCUGAGGAAGAAGCUGGGCAGCCACUUCGACCCCAGCUUCAUGGCGGUGGUGGCCCCGGCUCAGCUGAACCUCUCCAGCCCCGACCCCCUGCACAGGUUCAAGGUGUCGGGGCCGCUGCCCGGCGAGCUGAAGAAGCUGGACCUGGGCGAGGCGCCCUACGGGGCCCGCAUCAAGAUGGGCAAGAAAGCCCGGAGGAAGUUCCUGCAGUGGCUUUGGGCCUACACAUACUGCCCCGUGGUCUACGCCUGGAAGGACUUGGGCCUCCGCUUCUGGCCCCGCUACAUCAAGGAGGGGCACUGCUUCACAGAGAAGUCCUGCUCCUUCCCUGAGGGCAUGUACUGCAAGCCUGUCAAGUCGGUCACCAAGACCUUCCUGAGGUGGCACUGCCAGGGCUGGUCCACACAGAAGUACUGCACCUGGAUCCCUGUGCAGUACCCGGUCAUCUCAGAGUGCAAGUGCUCCUGCUGACCCCGACGGGGUGGCCUGCCCCAGCAGCAGGGCACGUGGGCAAGCCCUGGGGCCCAGCACCAUGGCUUGGGCAUCUCGGAGUGCCAGAGCUGUUACGCAGCCUCUCCUGGGCCCCAGCUCGGCACCUGGGGAUGGAUCUCAGAGUGCCAGCGCAUGUGUGUGACCUCUCCUGGGCACCAGCUACAGCUGCGGGUUAUCCCCACUGCCCUGGAGUCCAGACCCACGGCUCAGUUCAGGCAUCUCAGAGUGUCAAUGCUCCCAUAGGACCUCACCUGGAUCCCAGCUGAGCACCUGGGGAUGGAUCUGAGUGCCACUGUUCCUGUUUAACUUCGCCUGGAUCCAAUGGCAGCCACAGGCUGCCUCCAGUGCCUGGAGCCCGGUCCCCACACUUGGCGAUCUCAGAGUGCCAGUGCUCUCUCUUGUCAACCUCCCUUGGAGGCAUCAUCUAACCCAGUAUGCGGUGGUGUCUUAGUAUGCGACAUGUCCUCUUCCCACCCCAAACUCCUCCACACUGAGACCCUAAGACUGGAAAGACACAAAAAAGAUUGACACACACACAACACGCCCAGAGAAUCUGUGCGUUGGUUCGUUUCUCUCCUCUUAUGCCCCUUGCACUGUUUUGUUUUUGUUUUGUUUUAUUUGACUUAUUUUAUUUUAUUUUAUUUGAAACGGGAAAAGCAAAACUGAAAGGAACUGCAGUGCAGGCCAGAGGCAAAGCUAAGCACUACAAUCAGAUGUUUAUUUUUAUACAUAUAUAGUGUUCUAACAAAAAAAAUUACCAGCCUUGUAAAUAUAGAGAUUUUAAAAAGGAAGGGGGGAAAUUGCAGCUGUUUUUUAUUAUUAUUAUUAUAAUUAUUAUAAUAAUUAUUAUUAUUAUUAUUUUAAAGACAUAGGACCACAUUUUAAACCCAACCCUGUAGAAUCUGAGUACUUCCCUGCAAAAGGGAAGGGGAAAUUUUCCUGUAAAAAAGAUUUAAGAAAAACAAAAAGGAAAAAAAAGGCAACACAGAAUCCCUUUAAGAUGUUAAUUUCUAUUUGCUGUAUUUUUUGUCUUCAGAUCUUGUCACUGACAUUUGAACUAAUUUGCAAAGUGCUCUAGGUUUUUUUUUAAAGUGUAUAAUGAUUAAUUAAGAAGAUUUUUUUUUAAAGUACAAAGCUAUGAAAGAGUGGAGUCUUUUGUUGUUUGGGAAUACAUAUAGUAAUGUAGAGCUGUUAAAAGACAUUUUCUGUGUACAGUUUAUUUAUUUUUAAUGUUUGUGUAUAGGAAAAAAGCUAGAGAUUAUGCCAGAAAAUAUUGGAAAUGUUUACUUGAAUAUUCCUUUAAAAACAUAUCAAUGUAAAUAUGAACUAUGAUUGAUCAAAACAUUUUUAGCAAUAAACGCUAUCUUUGAAGAAACAA